GGAGCACCGCGGUGGAGCCAGGCUCCCUCAGAUGGCUGUAGGCUUCAGCUACCGUAGUGGGUCGGCCACUGCAGAAAUGUCAGAGAAAGAGAACAACUUCUCCCCGCUGCCCAGCUACAUCCUCCUGAAGCCCUGCUUCUACCAGAACUUCUCUGAUGAGAUCCCCAUUGAGCACCAGGUCCUGGUGAAGAGGAUCUACCGGCUGUGGAUGUUUUACUGCACCACCCUUGGGGUCAACCUGGUCACCUGCCUGGCCUGGUGGAUUAGUGGGGGCUCAGGAGCCAAUUUUGGCCUGGCCUUCGUCUGGCUGCUACUCUUCACAUCCUGCAGUUACGUGUGCUGGUUCCGACCUGCCUACAAGGCCUUCCGAGCUGACAGCUCCUUUAACUUCAUGGCGUUUUUCUUCAUCUUUGGAGCACAGUUUGUCCUGACUGUCAUCCAGGCCAUUGGCUUCUCAGGAUGGGGUGCAUGUGGUUGGUUGGCAGCGAUUACUAUGUUUAAGACCAGUGUGGGGGCUGCUGUGGUCAUGUUGCUUCCAGCCAUCAUGUUCUCCCUGUCAGUUGUCAUGAUGGCACUCAUGAUUCUGAAGGUGCACAAGAUCUACCGAGGGGCUGGUGGAAGCUUCCAGAAGGUACAGACAGAAUGGAACACAGGCAUUUGGCAGAACCCGCCAUCAAGGGAAGCCCAAUACAACAACUUUUCAGGAAAUAGCCUGCCCGAGUACCCUCCUGUGCCCAGCUACCCAGGAGGUAGGGGCCAGUGGCCCUAG